AUGGAGAAGCGUCCGCUUCAAUCUUUAAAGGUCAACCUACUCAAGGCCAUUGACCCAUGGACCUGGCCCAUAUACCUGACCUGCCAUAACAAGAAUGAGCGACAGUUACUUACCUGGACUUACCUGGAUGAUGAUGCUUCAACGAAUAGUAGCUCCAACGUGAACCUUUCUUCUCACCUGGCACCACUUACUACUCCAUGGAAUGACACCAGAACUGGACUUGACAACAUAGACAAGACGACGUGA